CUCUUUCUCUCUCUCUCUGCCUGUGGGAUCCACCCAUCGUCUCCUACCUCCGUGAGGCAUCGUAGAUGCCGACGAGCGUGUCGUACGGGGAGGCCAGCACCUGCGCCUGGUCGACGAGACGAAGCAUGAAGCCGUGCCCGUCGUGGCGGUGGCGACUGAGAUGGCCGUGACGGAGGCCGAGAAGAAGGCGGAGGAGAAGCCCGCGCCGGCGGCCGAGGAGAAGGAUGCGAAGAGGGCUGAGGAGAAGGCCGCAGUCCUUUGGCAAGGGAGGAGGAGGGGGAGCGGCUGCUGCUGCUGCCCGAGCCCAAGCAGCAUCGCGCGUGCGUCGCGGCGCUCGACAACGUCCCUCGGCGGCCCGGACGUGGAAGGAGCGAGGUCAGGCUUGCCUAGCCUAGGUGGCGAUGCGGACGCCGCGCCGUCCUUCUCGUUCCAGCACGCACGGAGGGUGUUCGUGGCGCCGGAGACCACGCCCAAGUUCGAGCUGCUGGGACUAGGGGGUGGCGACGCGGAGGUCGAGGGACCAGACCUCGCGAGCGCCGCGGCGGAGCAGAGGCAGCGCCGCGGCGGAGCAGAGGCAGCGCGCGGCACCGACGAAGCCCUUCCUGCGGGUCACCUUGAACCGCAAGCCCUCGAUCCCUUCGUUUGUGCUCAGAUGCAUCUCCUCACGCCCCUCCUCUCUGCAACUGCAGAUGCAUUGGUACUGCAGCUAGCUAGUGCUAGGUAGCUUGCACAUGGCGUGAAGGUGCAGUGCCAUGUAGCAUGUGGCCGUCAGAGGCAUGCGGGCUGGGGUGCGGGCAGCAGCGCGAAGGGGAAGCGGGGGAGGUAGGUGGCGCAAGAGUGCGGGGGAGGAUCCGUCGAUGCGAGAGUUUAACGCUGGACGGAGGAAGAAGAGAUGGAGGUGGAAGAAGAUAGGUGGGUCCCAUCAGUCAUAGAAAUACACGGACAAAGAGCACGACAUAUAUCACUACCGGAAUAAAGAUUUUUGCCGAGUGUCAAA